AUGGCAUCAGUGCAGCCUGCUCCGUUGGAGCCAGUCCUUCACCAACUCGUCAAUAACCUGGCCGAACUGACCAGAAUCCUGUCUGGUCAGGAAAGGUCUGAACACGCACAGAACAAGCAACUGGUCGCACAGAAUUCUCCAGAAACUAAGAGCGAUGUGGAAAUGUCCACACAAUUACCACUCGAGGUGGAAACAAUUUUGUGUGCAACGCCAGUCGCCGCCUCUGACCUAAGAGAAGCAGUCGUUCCAGUAGAAGGCUCAUCGGACGCAACACGAGGUGUCCAUGAGAGUACUACAGCAUCUGAACCGCCGCUAGAGAUCGCGCCACUGCAAUGUGGAGCGCCAGCUACCAAUCCUGAUAUCUCGACAGAGGCUGUUCCAGCGAAUGUCUCAACUGACAGACCGCCAGACACUUCUGAGAAUACCGCAACGCCUGCGCCACCACAGCUCGAUGAUUCUAACCCCCCCGAAGAUGUCGUUACAGUAACGGGCGCUCCAUCAGAAGACUCUGGGAGUCCUGUAGUGUCUGAGCUACCACAACCCGAUGCUAUAGUUCGCUUACCAAGAGAUCUGGAUGAGUGGUUCGUCAGCCCUCUUCCUACCGGCAUUCGCAUGAAGAUAUUUCAAGCUGCCGGUACUUCAUUUCUCAUGAGUCAUCCUUUGUUUGGUUUCAUGACAUUGAAACUGAACUUGGAGAAAGCUGGUGCUUCGACAUCGAUUCUCGAGGAAUUCACGGAAGAUCCCCUCCGCAUAGGCCUCUGGGAACAGUAUUUUGAAAUCGCAUACACACAAUACACGUACUACGUCAGAACUAAGUUCCAGUUGGUCGAACUUCCAGCCCUGGAAGGAAAAGAUGCUCGUGAGCUCUAUAUAUGCGUUAGAUCAAGGAUCCGUAGCUUUUGUCAGUCAAACUUCAAAACCAUCCGUCAUGGAACGCGCGAGCUUUUCGUCCCGGAUGAUCGGUUCGAGACACCAUUGGGUAAAGUUUGGUACGUUGAGAUUGUUUGUCGAGGAUCCAUGAGACUUGUCUUUAGCAUAAGCUACUGGGUUCAGUUGAUACAUUUCCCGGACAUAGAGGAUCAGCAAACACAUGAGGAAGGCAUUCUGCUGUGCAGAGAACUUGGGAGUAUUUUUGGGCCACAAUAUCCCACAGACCCGUCUGACAGCGACUACACUCAUCAACAGGCUCGACAAGUUGGGCCUGGUUCGUUGACGGCUAUGUUAGCGGCGAGCGUUCUUGGAGGAGCAGGAGGUUCUGGGAUAGAUCUACUCUUUUCCAUCUUCAGACGGAUCAACUCGGUCCCACUGGCAAAGUAUUCGACAUUGAGACAGACGCGGACCACGGUCAACGGGAAGUGGAGAGACAUUAUGUCGGAUGAACGGAGAUCUACGGUCCUUGAAAGGAGAUCAACCGUGGUGACUACUCUGGACGAGAUUUCGACAGGUUCAAAGUACACAACCGUCAUACUAGCUGAUGACAAAGUGGAACACAACCUUUCUCCAGAAUCAUUGAGUAACUUAGUGAGAAAUAGCAAAGGGCCUACACCACCCCUCCAGCCUUCUGGAAUUUGCCAUCAUUUGCUCAUUAUUUUCACAAUAAUGGGUACCUGGGAGCAGCGCUGGCAUGAGAUAUUGGAUGUCAUUGAAGCUGGAACGUCCAUACAGAUGCAUGAAAUCCAGGACACGCAUCGGCUGGACGAAUUGAUGUUCGAUCGGUCAUUGCAGGUAUCCAAAAGAUACUUUUCAUUGCUUCAAUUCCUCAAGCUUGCCUCGAAUUCUCUGGAAGAAACAGCGUCCAACUUCGGGGCAAAUCACAGGCACUUCCUCGAAGCAGUGUCCUCUGCUACUCAAAUCAUACAUGACGACGAAUUGAAUGGCGUGAAAGAAAGCUGGAAAUACGUCGCCGAGUCCAUCAGUGCGUCAACUAAAAGGCUUCAGGGUCGUGUCAAUCAGCAAAUAGAAGACCUCAAGGUGCAUCAAGAAAGCAUGUUUAACGCAACAUCUUUGCGGGAGACCAACAACGGCAUGGCGUUGAACAGAUCUGUUUACGUGCUUACUGCCUUUACGAUUUUGUACACCCCCAUUGGGUUCAUGGCGACGUUUUGGGCGCUUCCAUUUCUGAACAGUCCCUCCGAUGGUGGAAAGCCAAAGGUACCCGACGGAUUCCAGGAAAGCUUUAUCACAGUACCCAUUCUCACAUACUUCAUUGCCUUUGUUUUCUGUCUCUACCUCGGCUCUUCACGGUUUCGCAAAAUCUCAACCCAAAUUGUCCUAGGGUAUCGGGCGUACCUGUUUGAUCUCUUUGGCCCUGUCAAGUACAUCUGGGAUGUUCUCUUAAAGUUCACCGAACCCUUCCGAGUUGCAAUUCGAGAAAUCCAUCGGCAAAGGGCGACGGUUAGCUUCAGCCCAACCCGAGCUCGAACAUGGACUCAAGGUAUCACAGGAGCGAGUGGGGACACGAACCAGACGCAGCAACGAACCGAAGGGGUCUGA